AUGAUUGAGAGACAUAUCAUCCAACUCAACGUGGCAGGCUGCAAUCCGCGCAUGCACGCCCUGCUAAACGAACCACUAUACGCGCACUUUGAUAUCUUUAUUUUUCAGGACAUUUGGUGGGGCCGCAUUGGCUCCCAGAAAAACAUCAAUCCGAACCUCCACAAUAUUUAUGGCACCGUUAACUCCCCAAAUUAUUUAUGCGUUAUCCCACCAGGGUUCGAGGACAAGAAAGGCCCCAGCAUCUGCAUCUAUAUCCGCAAAGACCGCCAGCUACAUGCACAAUUUUCGGACUGCGUCCCUACUCAUCGUGACAUUCUGGCCCUCAACGUAUUUAUCAACAAUUCAAAAUUCUUGAUUAUCAACAUUUACGCUCACGGAAAAGAAGCUAACAAAACUAUACAACAUAUUACCGAACAAAUCAUACCAGCAGACCAACCCAUAAUCAUCACGGGAGACUUCAAUCUACAUCACCCUGACUGGGCCCUUGACAACUCCAAGUGGAAAAACAGACACCCCAAUCAAGUAGAGAGAGAAUUUAGGGACUUUGCUGAGUACAACGACUUGAUUCUCCUGAACACCACAUCCUCCCCCACCCGCAUUGCCCCCAACCCCAACUCCAACUCCAUUAUAGAUCUUACGUUUAUUAAUCCCAGGGCUGUCAAGGUGUGGCCCAACAUCAACUGGGAAGUUGACACACCCUUGACCGGCAGAUUGUGCGGGUUGGACCAUAUGGCAAUCACAUGGUCCAUCACGCCAUUUGAUCAAGACAAGCCUGUCAAAGACACCACCCCACCCAAUCACAGGCACAUCAGCCCCAAGCAGGAGGACAAAUGGGUCAAAGCAUUCAGCAACGCCAUCAAGAAGUUUGACCUCCCCAAAGACCCAACAACGGCCAAAGAUGCUGACUUGAUCACGGGGGCAAUCUUGGAAGCCAUGUCAACCGCCACAAUUAAAACAAUGCCAGACAGCAAGAAAAAGAGUAGCGGACCAGUCCAAUCCCCAUGGUGGAAUGCCAAAUGCUCAGGCGCGCUCAACAACCUCAAACACAACCCCAAAGGACGUAGUUGCAACUGUCAUAAACAGAGGAAAAUAGAACUAGCCGGAAUUGAACCAGCUUGA